AUUGUUGUUUGUAACAUGCGUUAUCGUCCGUCAUGGAUAUAUUGAUACUUUUAGGGUAUCUGGUUACGAUACUGUCUGGGUUAAAGCUAGUGGAGUUGUGUAUGCGGCGAAUGUUCUUACCCUACUCAAAGAGCAGGUGUGUCUUGUUAACUGGUUGUGACACAGGAAUCGGGAAUAGUCUCGCCCAGGAGUUGGACAAGAGAGGCGUCCGUGUCUUCGCCUCUUGUUUGACUGAUGAAGGGGUGACGAAACUCUCAGAAAAGUGCUCCUCUAACGCCGUCGUAUUCCGCCUUGACGUGACACGCGAUGACGAGAUACAGAACGCCGUUAAUUUGGUCAAGUCCAAACUCUCGGAUGACGAAGUGCUCUGGGGUUUAGUCAACAACGCAGGUGUCUUGUUAUUGGCUGCACCGUUAGAAUGGCAGACAAAAGAAAUCUACGACAAGACAUUAGCUGUCAAUUUGUAUGGAACCAUAGGGAUGACGAAAGCUUUCCUUCCUCUGCUUCGCAAGUCCAAGGGUCGUAUUGUCAACAUGUCGUCCAUUGUUUCCAUGCUAGCCAUUGGCAAGUUGGCUCCCUACAACAUCAGCAAGGCGGCGAUAGAGUCAUUUACUGACACAUUAAGACGAGAGAUGUACCACAUGGGUGUGACGGCCCAUCUCAUACAGCCUAGUGGAUUCGCUACCAAUAUCUUCCCCGCGGACGCCGGCGAUCGUCUGCGAAAAGCAUUUGACCAGCUUCCCAAAGAGGUGCAAGAAUUUUAUGGAGAGAAGAGUGCCGAAUUGGGUCUCACAGAUAUGGUAAAUGCCCCUGUGACUGUCGAAAAAGACUUGACGAAAGCGACGAGGGUGAUACAGCACGCGCUGUUUGCACGUUACCCCAGAUACAGGUACCCAGUGGGCCCAGGAGCCGUGUCCGUCUGCUGGACAUUAUCACAUUUCCCGGAAAUUGUCCCGGACAGACUUUUAGCCAUGGCAGCUCCUUGACGAAGAAAUAUGGCAGUUUUUCCUUAUCAUUUUACUCAUUCAACGACUGGGAUACUUUGAAUGCACAUGCCAUAACUCCAUGUUCGAUACACACAAAAAAAACUUGCCAUACAUUCAUACCACAUUGACAGAAACCUUAUUCUCAUCUGUGUAUCUUACUUUCAAACAGUGAAUCAUUUUCCUGUACAGUUUUUCUCAAUAGUCAUGAUCGAUUCUUUCUGAAUAAUACACACCUGCACCAUGUAUUGCACAGUACUUUGUAUUUUAUUGAUGUUUGUUAAAUAAAUUUUAAUUUCUCCAUAUAAUUAAAA